CCCGCGAUGCUCAAUAAGAAACCAGUGCCCACGUACGGCGCAACGACGUCCGGCGCUGCGCUCAUCAAGCAGGCCCAGCACGCGCACCAGGCUCUUGACGUCGACGCCUCCCGCGCCGUGCACCUCGCCAAGGCCGGUCACGCCAGCGAAGCCCACUUGGACGGCGGUGGCCACAUCAAAAGCGCCGUCUACGGUGGUCUCGACGGUAUCAUCACGACCUUUGCCACCGUGACGUCGUGGUUCCUCUCGGGUAUGUACAUGGCCAUCAACGGCACCGUCGCCGCCGGCAUGGGCUGGGUCAUCGGCUACCUCCUCGCGCUCACCGGCGUCCAGUUUCUCACAUUUGGCUAA